GGGCUCAAACCGAUAGAGACGAUCACAGCAAAGUCGUUCUCGUGUGGUGGACUAACACAGUACACUCUUCCGGAAGACGAAGGGAGACCCACGGAGGGGCCUCGACGCUUCUCGUCCAUCGUAGUCGGUCGCUGCCCUUGAAUGUCCCUCGAUCUCAUCGAAUCCGUCUCAGUUUUUAGAUUGAUUCCUGAGCUACUUGAAUCCGAGGAAGCUUAAAUGUCUUACGAAGACAAGGCAAUGGCCAUUACAAGUCUUCCACCAAAGGUUAUAUCUCCAGAAUCAUCGAACUCCAGUGGGGCAUUAUCCACUUCUAACAAGGAACAACCUGAAGUGCCUAACCAGCAAACUGUGGCAUUGCAUGCUCCUGUGGCUAUCCUUUGGGACAUCGAGAACUGUCCAGUUCCAAGUGAUGUUCGCCCUGAAGAUGUUGCAGGCAACAUUCGAAUGGCAUUACGGGUGCAUCCUGUCAUUGAAGGAGCUGUAACCAUGUUCUCUGCUUAUGGGGAUUUCAAUGCCUUUCCUCGGAGGCUGAGAGAGGGUUGCCAGAGAACAGGCGUUAAGCUCGUAGAUGUUCCAAAUGGUAGAAAAGAUGCUGCUGACAAGGCUAUCUUAGUCGACAUGUUUCUGUUUGCUCUGGAUAACCGACCACCCUCUUCAAUUAUGUUAAUAUCAGGUGAUGUGGACUUUGCACCAGCCUUGCAUAUACUUGGUCAACGUGGGUACACUAUCAUCCUUGUUAUCCCUUCUGGAGUGGGUGUUUCCUCUGCUUUAAGCAAUGCAGGAAGGUUUGUUUGGGACUGGCCCAGCAUAGCCCAUGGUGAAGGUUUUGUUCCUCCAAAAAGUUUUAUUCCCCCUGGGCCUGAUCUUGCAAGCUAUCUCAUGAGCUGUAGUAUGGGAGACAAUGCUUACUGUCAGAAUGAAGAAGAAGCGAUUGUUUAUAGAGGAAUUUCUCAAAGCGAAUACACCACCCGAGGAAACAUCAACCAGUUAUAUUGCUACAACUCUUCUCAUGUUUCUAGAGAACAUUCUAGAACUUCUCAUUCCUUGUCAGAUUACAGUAGCAAUAAUUUAAUAGCUGGGCCUUAUUUAACUUCCCCAAGGUCACAAAGUCUACCAUCUGGUCUAAGUGAAGGUCUGGUAGGGGAUCAGAAUAGUAGAGAAGAUCAGGCAUGGUGGGUUCGUCCAGGAGAUAUUCAGGGUUUGAAGGGUCAGCUAGUCAGGCUGCUUGAGAUGUCUGGUGGAAGUUUGCCGCUUGUACGUGUUCCGCCAGAGUAUCUUAAGAUCUUUGGACGGCCACUCUACAUGGCAGAGUAUGGAGUGUAUAAGCUGGUGCACCUCAUUAAGAAAAUGACUGAUGCUUUGGUUGUGGUUGGGAAGGGACAGAAGAAACUGCUCUGCCUUCGUAACUCAGCCGACAGGAAUUUGAAGAAGUGUCUGAGUACACCAAUCAUUUUGAGGAAGGAUAAAAAGGGAAAAGGAGUUCUGGAAGAAAAUGUGGAUGUUGGUGUAUGUACUCAUUUGGGUAGCUCCUCUGAUGAGUUCUCGGAUGAUGAGAGGAAUGCCGAGACUGUUUUAGGUGCAGCAUGUGACUUUGAUUACCAUCUGGAGAGUUUCAGACAGGAGGUUCAAGAGCUUCUUGUUUGUUACUCCUGUCCUGUUCCCCUCAGUAAUUUUGAGGCUCUGUAUGAACAGCGGUACAAAAAAGCUCUUGACUACCAGAGUUUCAGAGUGGAUGGGCUGGAGGAACUGAUUGAGAAGGUGAGAGAUGUUGUGGAAUUGUGUGAAGAUCAGGGGAGCAAAAGGAAGUUCCUUGUAUCCAGCUGUGUGAGUGGAUAAGGCCAGUUCUAGCAAUGCUCACUAUGAUGUUCCCCAAGAUAUGAUAAAGCAUGCUUUUCUGAAGUCUUACAGGUUGGGAAGUUUUUGCUUUCUCUUACCUUUUAAGCUGUUUUCUUGUUAUGCAUCCAGCACUGAGAUGACACUGAUUUUUUGAAGUGUCUGUAAAUUACAUAUGAUAGUGCAGGAAGAUGUAUUCAUGCAUUCAUGCCUGUGCUGCAUGAUCUGUCAGUAAUUAAUGUUGGUAGAUUGCAAAGCCAAUGCUAUACACAAGUUUCCUGUUCCCUGUUGCCCCUUGCGCCUUUUUCCCGUGUUGGUUCAGCUGAAUUUUUUUUGGUGAUAUGGGGUACGGAGGCAUGCUGACAUGGCUUUACAAUGGAGGCUUCAACUAUAAGUUCUAUAAGAUUUAUAUUGUAUGUACCUACUAUCACUAGAUGCUGCUCUAUCAAGAUUGUCCAAGGUUGCAGGGCAUCAAACUCUAGAGAUUAAAACCAUACAGCCGAAGGCUGGUAGUGUUAUAUGGUUGUGGUCUAUGGUAUGUUGGAACUGCUGAUGAUAAUGAAGCUCCAAAGGCAUCCUCAAACUGUGAAAAAUGUCCUGCUGUUUGUGGAUGACUCACGAGAUGCUGAAAAUAUCUAGUACAGAAUGACAAGGUGGUGAAAGUAAAAUUGGACUCUGUGGCUUAUUCUUCAUGGAGCAUGAUGUGUUUGGUUACAGAUCUGAGUGCAAAAGAAGAUGAAACUAUUUUGCAUCAUGGACAGAAACAUGAUGUCGUCACCGUCCUUAGGAUGCAUCAAUGAGUUCAUGUGAACAAAUGCAUACAACUCCUAGCCUUUGUCAACAAAGUUGUGAGCAUUAGACAACUGAUUUAGAGGUUAUGGUGUUGGAAGGCAUUUAUAUGAAGAUGUCUUCAUUUGCUUGCUAGAACUGCCCUUGUGCUUGAUUUAGGGUUCUUAGCUCUUAAUGAUUUAUGGAUUUUGUCAAAUUGUAGAGUCAAACUUGUGCCAGGUCUUUGUUCAUAUAUGGUUCUUGCAAUCUACCUUGACAAACGAACAUUUUUACUUUAAAAUUUGCGCUGUCUUUUCCUCAUUUAAA